CACACCUUCGCAUUUUUCCCUUCUCAACGGCAAAGAAAUCAAAUCUCAGUGCUCUCUGUUCUAUUUCUCUCGCACGAGAAAACGAUCCGAAGCUCCGUCUACAAAUGGAGGAGGAUGCCACCGCCAAGAAUGAGGGAGAGGAAUUUAGCACAGGGCCACUUUCUGUUCUGAUGAUGAGUGUUAAAAAUAACACACAGGUACUCAUUAAUUGCCGAAACAACAAGAAGCUUCUGGGACGUGUGAGAGCUUUUGAUCGGCACUGUAACAUGGUUCUUGAGAACGUCAGGGAGAUGUGGACUGAGGUACCGAAAACUGGGAAAGGGAAGAAAAAGGCUAAUCCAGUUAACAAAGAUAGGUUCAUCAGUAAGAUGUUCCUCCGAGGAGAUUCUGUUAUCAUUGUCCUUAGGAAUCCCAAGUGAGAAAGUAGUGGCUCUGUACGGAGGUUUAACUAGUAUUAGUAGUCAGUGGCCUGAAUGUUAUGCCUUCUUUUGAGGAACUGUACGACACAAACCAUUUUGAGGAAGUGUGUGUGACUAAAUCAAUUUGUCUUUUCUAGGAUAGUCUGAAACUAGUCUGAGUUGAGCUGGCUUUUUCUUUACAAGAAAUGCUUUAAUUAAUACAAUCAAAUGACUUUUUCAAUUUGCCCUA